GUACUUUACAUAUCAAACAUUCAUAUUAGCCGAAAUAUGGGUUUGGACAUAUGUCACAAAAAAAAGAAUUGAAAAAGUUAAGUGAAGAUAAUUUAGCCAAGCAACCUGAUGAGGUCUUUGAUAUUUUGUGUAAGUUAGGAAGAGGUUCAUAUGGAUGUGUAUAUAAAGCUUUGCAUAAAGAUUCAUCUCAAAUUUUAGCCAUUAAAAAGGUUCCUGUGGAUACCGAUCUGCAAGAAAUUAUAAAAGAAAUAUCAAUUAUGCAACAGUGUAAUAGUCCAUAUGUGGUUAAAUAUUAUGGGAGUUACUUUAAAAACACAGAUUUAUGGAUUGUUAUGGAAUAUUGUGGUGCUGGAUCUGUUUCAGAUAUCAUUAAGCUUAGGAAAAAAACAUGUGCCGAGGCAGAAAUAGCUACUAUAUUUGCCGAUACCCUCAAAGGUUUGGAAUAUCUGCACCUUAGGCGUAAGAUUCACAGGGACAUAAAAGCUGGAAAUAUAUUGCUCAACAAUGAAGGAAGAGCCAAGCUAGCAGAUUUUGGAGUGGCCGGUCAAUUAACGGACACGAUGGCCAAACGCAAUACAGUCAUAGGAACUCCAUUUUGGAUGGCUCCCGAGGUCAUACAAGAGAUAGGAUACGAUUGUGGGGCCGAUAUAUGGAGUCUGGGUAUUACGGCCCUUGAAAUGGGAGAGGGAAAACCUCCCUAUUCUGACAUUCAUCCUAUGCGAGCAAUAUUUAUGAUACCAACGAAACCACCUCCUUUCUUCAAAAACCCCGAAUCCUGGACGCCUAUGUUUAAACACUUUGUAUCCCAAUGUCUAGUCAAGGAUCCGCUGCAAAGAUAUUCUGCCACCGAAUUGUUGCAACACGAAUUUAUCAAAACUGCUCCUCCAGCGACUUCUCUACUUUACAUGAUUAACGACUCCAUUAAAAUUAAGGAAACGAAACAGUCUCAAACCUUUAUUAACACAAAUUUCGAAGAAAUGAAUGUAAGGGAUUAUGGGACAGUCACCAAAUUAGCCCUCAACGAUUCUAUUAGAUCGAACCACGAUGAACCUGAUCAAACUUUGAAAAUUUUGCCUAAAGAUGAUCGAUUGCUGUCCAGGGAAAACGGAAUAUUGGGAUCACAUUUGAUCGACGAAACAACUAUAAAAACUCAUAAAACUGUCAGUUCUAUAAUGGAUGAAUCGUUGAAAACUAUGAUCAUUAAUGAGAGCAGUAGCGGGGAGGAUGAAAAUUCUCUGAAUAACCACAACGAAGAAAUUUUUAAUACUAUCAAAAAAACAACCAAAAACCCUACUGAAAUACCGUUGUUUCUCGAGCGUAUAAAUGACAAGGAAAAGACUGAAAAAAAUUUCAAAUACAAAAAUUUCGAAAAAAUAAACGAAAAUACUAAAAUUAUCCCGAAUAGUAACAAUCAUUACCAAUUAGAUGUACCAUAUAAUUCCGACCCUUACCUCGAUAAUAACAAAAUUAGUUAUGAUAAUAGCGGAAUUGUCACAACCGACACUGUUAGCUCUUCCGAAAAUUCUAUUUCAUAUAAAAAUGACGAUUAUUCUUCAGAUCAUUUAUUUUAUCAUGAUGUGAUGAAUAACGAAUUUUUAGCGCAAUGCAACAAUCUUUCAUAUUGCGAAUUAAAACUCAAAAUGGAUCUACUUGAUCCCGAGAUGGAAAAGGAAAUCGAGGAACUGCGGUCCAGGUACCAGAGCAAAAGAAAACCCAUACUCGAUGCCAUCGACGCUAAAAAACGACUGCAACAAAAUUUUUGAUAUUCUUUUUUGUUUCUUCUUUUUAAUUUAUUUUAAAAGAUAGUAUAUAACAUGGAUGAAUACUGAAGAGAAGCCUUUUCAUCUCACCUAAAGAUACGAUCAAAGGAAUUUUUAGAAAUGUUUUUAUUUUUAUAUUUAAAAAAAGCUUAUUUAUUCUCUUUCGAUGGUUUUAAAAGUGUGCUAAUCGAAUUUUUUGAUAUUUUGGACACAGCCGGCACUUUUUAUAUAUUAUAUUUGUAACUUACAUUUAUUCAUAAGUUAGUAUAAAAAUAUCUUAUAAAUACAAUAACAAAAGUAAAACUAUUUGUUAAAAACUUAUAUAAUAAUUAUAUUUUUGUAAAUUUAUUUUAUAUACUUUUAUUUAUAAACAUGACCAUUAGAUUUAUUAUUGACCACAUGAUUUAUAUAAAA